UUAAAUCAGUGGGAUUAUCAUGCUUUAGCUCAGCAAUGAUGCCUCCAACAGCUUCAAGAAGCCAGACAACUACAAGAUGGUGUACUUGAGGUGAUUAGACACAACUGUUUUGGCAAUGGGGAAGACCAGCACCCACGCAACCGAAACUUCAUCCUCUACCACCACCUCUCCCACAAGAAGAAGGCUAUUGGCUGAGGAGGCAAAGAAUGAGGCGUUGAAGAGGCUAGAAGAUGUGCUUCUAAAACCCCCUAGAGCCUCGUCUGGGAAAUCGAGGUGGUACUUGAAGCGAACGAGGUUCCUCCCAGACUUGAUGGGUGACUCGCUCGAAAGCUAUCCUAGAAGGGUUUUUAUUGACGUAGGAUUACUGGAGAAUGAAGGCGGAAGUGGGACGAGCUGGUUUGCGAAGAACUACCCUACCCGGAACAAGAACUUUGAGAUGUACAAGAUCAAGACUGUGAUAGAGGAGAGUUCCGGGAAGGAGGUAGUUCAGACUAGAAUGUCAGAGUGGCUGAACAAGAAUGUUAAGGAGAAGGAGUACGUGGUGAUGAAGGCCGAGGCCGAGGUGGUGGAUGAGAUGGUGAAAAGUAGAGCGAUUCACUUGGUGGAUGAGCUUUUCUUGGAGUGCAAGCCAUAGAGACAUAAUGACAAAAAAUUAAUGUUAGGAGUCGCAGGGCAUAUUGGCAGUGCUUGGCAUUGUAUGGGCAGCUUCGGGAUGAAGGUGUUGCGGUGCAUCAAUGGUGGGGCUAGACAAAAAAAAGUUUUCGGGCAUGGAGAGAGAGAGCAGAGGGAGUUGCACGAGUUCAGAGAGAGAGGUAACAAUAUAGCAAGCAAAAACUGUCGUUGUUUUGAUUAUUUUUCUUCUUUUUUGUUUUCUAUUUCGAUUGCAUUUGUUUUGUUGGUGUGUACUACUUUGUAUGUAUGGACUUAGAGUUCAUAUAAUUCAUCUUCAUAAAGAAGAAACUCUCUGCAAGAUCUUGACGAUGAUAAAAGAAGAUGAAGCAUUUAUGACACAAAUGAUGGUUUCAACUGAAAGGUGUACGGUGUUUUGUUCUUAAACAAACAAAGAAAUACAAAGAGAGAGAUACAUAUAUAUAAUGUGCUGUUGCAGAUACAUAUAUAUAAUGUGCUGUUGCUAAUUAUGUCAUUGAUUUUUGGUACUUGUAUCAUUUAGUCAUGAUUCAGAGCUAAGCUGCUCAGAUGUGUAUGAACUAGGAUCACAGUUUUACUGGCUAGUAAGAAAUUUCAAAAUUUUCUCAUA